CAUUGAGCUUGCGUUUGACUCGGCUGUUUUGCAACGUGGCCCUUUCCUAUCGCGUGUUUCGUGGAGUCGGUUUGUGGGUCUCAAAGACCCGAAAACUGACUGCUUUUUCGCUACCCGGCGGCUGCGACUGGCGGCUCUGCGGCGACCAUCAUGCCACAAAAUGAAUAUAUUGAGUUACACCGUAAACGCUAUGGAUAUCGUUUGGAUUACCAUGAGAAAAAGAGAAAGAAAGAAAGUAGAGAGGCUCAUGAACGUUCAAAGAAGGCAAAAAAGAUGAUUGGUCUGAAGGCUAAGCUCUACCAUAAACAGCGCCAUGCUGAGAAAAUACAAAUGAAAAAGACUAUCAAAAUGCAUGAAAAGAGAAAUACCAAGCAAAAGAAUGACGAGAAGACUCCACAGGGUGCAGUACCUGCCUAUCUGCUGGACAGAGAGGGACAGAGCCGAGCUAAAGUACUUUCCAAUAUGAUUAAACAAAAACGGAAAGAGAAAGCGGGGAAAUGGGAAGUCCCUCUGCCCAAAGUUCGUGCCCAGGGAGAAACAGAAGUAUUAAAAGUUAUUCGAACAGGAAAGAGAAAGAAGAAAGCUUGGAAGAGGAUGGUUACUAAAGUCUGCUUUGUUGGAGAUGGCUUUACACGAAAACCACCUAAAUAUGAAAGAUUCAUUAGACCAAUGGGCUUACGUUUCAAGAAGGCACAUGUAACACAUCCUGAACUUAAGGCCACCUUUUGUCUGCCAAUACUUGGUGUAAAGAAGAAUCCCUCGUCGCCACUGUAUACAACUUUGGGUGUUAUUACCAAAGGUACUGUCAUUGAAGUGAAUGUGAGUGAGCUGGGCCUUGUGACACAAGGAGGCAAGGUUAUUUGGGGGAAGUAUGCCCAGGUUACCAACAAUCCUGAAAAUGAUGGAUGCAUAAAUGCAGUCUUACUGGUUUAACAACUGUUUCAUACAAGUAACUCUUUUUAAUUGUUGAAGACUACAUACCAAUCAGGAAAACCACCAUUACUCUCAUGUUUCUGAAUACUAUCAGAAUCUUAUAUUUUUGUCAUCACCAAGAAAACUAUUAUGUUGUAAAAAAGAAAAAACAUUAAAGUGACCCAGUUUUACAAAUUGUUCUUUA